AUGCUUGGCCAAAAGCCUUUGACCCCAAGGAGAAAUUGCCAACAAUUGAAGCCAACACUAACACUCAUUCUAUCCUCAACUAACAAAGGAAGACAUUUCUCUGUUUCAGCAAAAUUUUUAUUUACAAUUUUUUUUGUCUUUGUUCAUUUUCUCCAUAAUAUAUCUAUUCUGUCUCACCUCCAUUCUUCCUUUAUUUCCUUCUUCCUCUCUCUCUUUAUUCUUUUUCCUCUCUCUCCCUUUUCUUUCCGACCCUUUCUUGCACCUUCUUCCUCUCCUAUCUUAUUUUUCUCCCUUUUAUUUAUUCCUCAUUCCUCUCUCUAUCACUCCCCCUUCCUGCUCUUUCAGUUCAUCUCUCACUAUCUCCCGUCUCAUCUCUUUAUCUCCUUCCUGACCCUUCUCUCUCUCUAUCACAUUCUACUUUUUUCUACUCUUACUCCCUAUCCAUUCUUGCACACUCUCCCUCUCCUCUCCCACUAUUUUACUACCUAUCUAUCCCCACCUAUUUAUCUCCUUUUACUCUACUCAUCCACUCCCACCCACUUGCUUCACUCUCUCUCUCUCUCUCUCUCUCUCUCUCUCUCAUUCUUCUCUUCUCUUUCCAUUUCUUUUCUCCUCUUUCUCCCUGUCUUAUUUUUACUCUCUUCUCUCUAUCCCUCCUUCCUCCUACUCUCUCAUUUCCUCACUCAUUCUUCUCUCUCUUGCUCCAUUCUUCUUGUCCCACCUUCCAUUCUGCCUAUACAAUCUCUCCUUCUUUUUUCCCUUUACUCUCUCUCUCCAUCCUCCCUUCCCUGUUUUCUUCCUCUCUUUCCCUCUUUAUUCCUGCUACCUCACUUCUGCCUCUCAAGCUGUAUCUUUUCUGACCCACUAUUUAUCUCCUUCCACCCUAACCCACACCCUUUAUACUUCCUGCUCCUUUCGAUUGUCUGUCCUUCCUCCUCUUUUGUCUCCUUCCUCCCUCUCUCUCUCUCUCCUUCUUCCUGUUUUCUCACUUCCUACUCUCUCUUGCAUUAUCCUCCCUGUCCCACUUUAUUUCCAGUUAUCCUGUUGUCUUCCUCCUCCUCCUCCUCUCUCCUCCUCCCCUUCCUCCUCUCUCCUCCUCCUCUCUCCUCCUCCUCUACACUGCAUCUCCUUCCACCAGACUUCUCCCUUUCUCCAACUCCCUGCUGUACCUUAUUUCUUCUCUUUCCUUUCUCACCUUCUUUCUUCUUUUUUCUCUCUAUCUCCUUUCCUCCCCGUUGUGGCACUGGACCAUCUGUCUAUCUCAUUCUGUUCAUAACUAUCCCUCUCAUUCUGUUCAUAUCUAUCUAUCUAUAUAUUUAUCUAUCUAUCUAUCUUCUCUCUCAUUCUGUUCAUAUCUAUCUAUCUAUAUAUCUAUCUAUUUAUCUAUCUAUCUUCUCUCUCAUUCUGUUCAUAUCUAUCUAUCUAUGUAUCUCAUUCUGUUCAUAUCUAUCUAUCUAUCUAUCUAUCUUCUCUCUCAUUCUGUUCAUAUCUAUCUAUCUAUCUAUCUUUCUAUCUAUCUAUCUAUCUAUCUUUCUAUCUCAUUCUAUUCAUAACUAUCUAUUUAUUUCAUUCUGCUUUUCUAUUUUGUCUAAUUAUCCCCACUUUUGUUUGGAUGUUAUAUUACAUUCUACUAACCCGUCUCUAUUUUUUUUUUCAUAUAUAUCCAAUCUCUCAUUCUGUUCAUAUCUAUCUAUCUAUCUAUCUAUCUAUCUAUCUAUCUAUCUAUCUAUCUAUCACAGUAUAUUCAUAUCUUUCUAUCUAGGAGUGUAUAUCACACUGAAAAAUAUUCCCUACUGA